AUGGCGACAACUGAGAAAGGGUCACGGCCCGAUAAUUCAAAAGAGGCAACCUUCUCUGCGAUGCUGUCAAAUCCAUGGGUUUUUCUUCACCCGACAAUUCACCUGCAUACCCAGAUUGCAGAUUCUGCGAAGCAAAUUCUGGAUCCAUUGGCAACAUCGAUUGCUGAGGGUCAGGCUAUUCGUCGAAAAGCCAACAAGAAGCGCAAGCGAGCCCAUGCCGAAUCAGAUGAUGUCCCAUCUCUACAGUUGAAGAGUCUUUAUGUCGACGGUUUUACUUCCAACCAAAUCUGGGAACAAGCGACCAGAAUUCUCGAGUCCGCGGGGAGCGAGGUGGAGCGCGAUGUCACACUGCUUAGCAAAUACCAUAAUUCGCUCUUGCCCUCUGACAAAGAAUCUCCCGAAUCAUUGGAUGUCUCCGACCUCGAAGAUACUGGAUCUGAGAGCGACGAUGCGGAUGACAUGUCGGAUCACUUUUCAGAUAAUUCUGACUUCGACGAUAAGGACGCCGAGGAGGAUCUGGAAGAACUCGAGGAAUUGGAAGAAUUGGAAGCUGCGGGCGCGACAGAUGAAGCUAUGUCCGAGACGGAUUCGGUUGAGGCUGAUCCCGGUACCUAUGUUGAAGAUCGCUUUGGGCUGAAUGACGGGUUCUUUUCAAUCGACGAAUUCAACAAACAAACCGAAUUGUGGGAGAGACAAGACGCCAAGGGGGCCAUUAUAGAUGAAGAGAGUGAUGACGAGGUUGACUGGCACGCCAACCCUCUCGAUCUUGGAAAUUCCAUGGCCGUUGCCAAUGCGAGCUCAAGGAAACCACGGCAAAACAUUGGAGACGACAAUGACGAGAUGCGUGACGAAAUGGACGGUGACAGCGAAGAGGAAGGCCCAACCUUUGGAAAUAUGGAUCUACACGGAGUGUCCGAUACCGAUUCCAAUGGAGAUGACUCCGAUACUGACGAGGCUGACAUGUCCGGUCUCACCAACGCCAACGACAUUAGAUAUGCCGAUUUCUUUGCCCCGCCUCCGCGCAAGCCCUCAUCGAAGAAAAUACGGGCACUUCCAAAGACUCAGCCAACCCAGGAAUCGCUAGAUGAUGAUGUUGAUCGCGCCAUGGCCGACGUUCGGCGCGAUUUAUUCGAUGAGUCCGAGGGCGAGGAGGACAAGGUGGAAGAGUCUACUAGCGGGCUGCAAGGUGGACGGUCCACGCACGAGAAGCAACGAGCACAAAUUGCAGAUGAGAUUCGCCGCCUCGAGGCCGCGAAUGUCGCGAAGAAAGAAUGGAUGCUGGCUGGUGAAGCCAGAGCGGUUGAACGACCCAUGAAUUCGCUGAUUGAAGAAGAUCUUGACUUCGAGAGGGUGGGCAAGCCCGUUCCUGUUGUGACGAACGAAACUACAGAGGACAUUGAAGCGCUCAUUAAACGACGAAUUCUUGCCAAGGAAUUUGAUGAAGUGAUCCGUCGCCGCCCAGGGACAGUUGACGCUCAGGCUUCACGACGAGGUCGGUUUGAAUUGGAGGACACAAAGGCCCAGCAAAGUCUGGCUGAAAUCUACGAAGCCGACCACCUUCGCGCUACGGAUCCAAACUACGUUGACCCGAAGAAUCAAAAACUCAUGCGCGAGCAUACCGAGGUGACUAAUCUCUGGAAGGAGAUCAGCUCUCAGUUAGAUUUCUUGUCCAACUGGAAUUACAAACCCCAGGCCCCCCAGGCGACCAUCAAUACCGUCUCUGAUGUGUCUACAAUUGCAACUGAGGAUGCUCGCCCGACGGCUGGCAGUGCCGCCGGCGGGCCCUCCGCACUCGCUCCUCAGGAGAUCUACACGCCCGGUGAUGAUGGCCGAGUCGCCGGAGAGGUGGUCCUGAAGACCGGGGCCACGAUUGCCAAGGAUGAGAUGAGUCGCGAGCAGAAAGCUCGGAUGCGUAGGCAGAAGAAAACCCAGAAGAAGGCUGAUACAGGGGUCGCAUCCCAAACAAGCAAGACUGCUGAUAAGAAGCAACUGGUGGCCGAUUUGACGAAGGGCGGUGUUAAGGUGAUAAACAAAGAGGGUCAAGUCACUGAUAUGAGUGGAGGGAAAGUAGAAGCCAGUACUAAGACUCGCGCUGAUGCUUUGAAGCUGUGA